GGGUAGCGACCGUUGCGCGUCGGCGGCGGCGGCGCCUACGUAGUGCUUCGUCGCCAUAGCUAUUGCCCUUGGCAACGGCGAAGCUCCGCAGCCUAGCGGGCGGGCUCAGGGUUUGAGCAAUCUCGGCUCAUCACUUUCCUCGCAACUGUUUUCUUCUAUCUUCUUUUUAACCCCCUUUCCCCACUUCCUCCCUCUCUCUAAAAUCAUGGCGGGUGGAACCGCGGACGUUCGGAAGCUUUUCAUCUUCACCACUACCCACAAUUACUUUGGACUGGAGUCGGAACCCGGCGACCAGCCCCUGCUGUACAACCGUCCUGAAAUCAACAACUUCUUGGAUGAUGGGAACCAGAUGCUCCUCAGGGUGCAGCGAUCCGACGCCGGAAUCUCCCUUUCCAACACGAUUGAUUUUGCUGACACAAAAGACAAAGUGCUGGUGUUUUUCAAGCUGCGACCUGAAGUAAUUACCGAUCAGAAUCUGCAUAAUAAUAUUCUUGUGUCAUCUAUGUUGGAAUCACCUAUAAAUUCCCUUUACCAAGCAGUACGGCAAGUAUUUGCACCAGUGCUGUUAAAGGAUCAGGAAUGGAGCAGAAACUUUGAUCCCAAACUUCAGAAUCUUUUGACUGAACUAGAAGCUGGGUUGGGUAUAGUUCUACGGAGAUCAGACACUAACUUAACAAAAUUGAAAUUUAAGGAAGAUGACACACGAGGUAUUCUUACACCAAGUGAUGAAUUCCAGUUUUGGAUAGAACAAACUCAUCAUGGAAAUAAACAGAUUAAUAAAGAAAGAGCCUGCUAUUUCAAGGAAUUAUUUGAAAUAAUUGCAAGAGAGUUUCAUAACUUGGAUGGUCUGUCCUUAGUGGAAGUGGCUGACUUGGUGGAGACUACUCGGGAUGUUGUAAAUGAUGUGUGGAGACAAACAGAGCAUGAUCAUUAUCCCGAGUCACGAAUGUUACAUCUCUUAGAUAUCAUAGGUGGUUCGUUUGGAAGAUUUGUUCAGAAAAAGUUAGGAACUUUGAACCUAUGGGAAGAUCCUUAUUAUCUUGUGAAAGAAAAUCUGAGAGCCGGUAUUUCUGUUUGUGAACAGUGGGUGACCGCCUGUAAUCACCUGACCGGUCAGGUGUGGCAGCGCUAUGUUCCUCAUCCAUGGAAAAAUGAAAAAUAUGUCCCAGAAACACUUGACAAACUUCGCGGACGCCUUGAAGAGGUCUUGGCUGUUAGAACAAUUCAUGAGAAGCUUCUCUAUUUUUUACCUGCCAGUGAAGAGAAGAUCACAUGCCUACCUCGAGUGUUUGAACCUUUUACUGGUCUGAAUCCGGUGCAGUAUAAUCCAUAUACUGAGCCUUUAUGGAAAGCUGCAAUGUCUCAGUAUGAAAAAAUCAUGGCACCUGCAGAACAAACAAUAGCUGGAAAAUUGAAAAAUUAUAUUUCAGAAAUUCGAGAUAGUCCACAGCAGCUUCUUCAAGCAUUUCUGAAAUAUAAAGAGUUGGUGAAGCGUCCUACUAUAAGCAAAGAAUUGAUGUUAGAAAGAGAAACUUUACUGGCAAGACUUGUGGACUCAGUUCAAGAUUUUCAAUUAGAUUUUGAGAAUCGAUGCAGAGGAAUUCCUGGUGAUGCAUCUGGACCACUUUCUGGAAAAAACCUUUCAGAAGUUGUCAAUAAUAUAGUUUGGGUUCGCCAGUUGGAAUUGAAGGUGGAUGAUUCAAUCAAGAUUGCAGAGGCUCUUUUAUCUGACCUGUCAGGAUUUCGAUCUUUCCAUCGAAGUGCUGAAGAUAUCUUGGACCAAUUUAAACUAUAUGAACAAGAACAAUUUGAUGAUUGGUCUAGGGAUAUUCAAUCUGGUUUGUCUGAUUCGAGAUCUGGUUUGUGUAUUGAGGCUAAUAGUCAAAUAAUGGAAUUAGAUCCUAAUGAUGGAUCAUUAAAAGUGCAUUAUUCAGAUCGGUUGGUGAUUCUUCUGAGAGAAGUUCGUCAGCUUUCUGCUCUUGGCUUUGUUAUUCCUGCCAAAAUACAGCAAGUUGCAAACAUUGCUCAGAAAUUCUGCAAGCAAGCUAUUAUUCUUAAACAAGUGGCACAUUUUUACAAUUCUAUUGAUCAACAAAUGAUUCAAAGUCAGAGACCAAUGAUGUUACAAUCUGCCUUGGCAUUUGAACAGAUAAUUAAGAAUUCAAAAGCAGGAAGUGGGGGAAAGUCACAAAUUACUUGGGAUAAUCCUAAACAAUUAGAAGGCUAUAUCCAGAAGCUUCAAAAUGCUGCUGAACGACUUGCCACUGAAAAUAGAAAACUGAGAAAAUGGCACACUACAUUUUGUGAAAAGGUAGUAAUUCUUAUGAAUAUUGAUCUGCUUCGGCAGCAACAGCGUUGGAAAGACGGAUUACAAGACUUGAGAACUGGCUUAGCAAGUGUAGAAGCACAGGGAUUUCAAGCAAGUGAUAUGCAUGCAUGGAAACAGCACUGGAAUCAUCAACUCUACAAAGCUCUGGAACAUCAAUAUCAGAUGGGCUUAGAAGCACUUAAUGAGAAUCUACCAGAAAUAAAUAUAGAUUUAACAUACAAACAAGGACGAUUACAAUUCAGGCCUCCUUUUGAAGAAAUCCGGGCCAAAUAUUAUAGAGAAAUGAAGAGAUUCAUCGGCAUUCCUAAUCAAUUUAAGGGAGUGGGUGAGGCAGGAGAUGAAUCUAUUUUUUCUAUUAUGAUUGAUAGAAAUGCAAGUGGAUUUCUGACUAUUUUCAGUAAAGCAGAAGAUCUAUUUAGGCGACUGUCAGCUGUUUUACACCAGCAUAAGGAAUGGAUUGUAAUUGGGCAAGUUGAUAUGGAAGCUCUAGUGGGAAAGCAUCUUUUUACUGUACAGGAUUGGGAGAAAAAUUUUAAAGCACUGAAAAUAAAAGGGAAAGAAGUAGAACGACUUCCAAGUGCAGUGAAGGUAGAUUGUUUAAAUAUUAAUUGUAACCCGGUGAAGACUGUGAUUGAUGAUCUCAUCCAGAAGUUAUUUGAUAUGCUUGUUCUUUCUUUGAAGAAGUCCAUCCAGGCUCAUUUACAUGAAAUUGAUACAUUUGUUACUGAAGCUAUGGAAGUCUUAGCAAUCAUGCCACAGUCUGUUGAAGAGAUAGGUGAUGCCAAUUUACAAUAUAGUAAGCUACAAGAACGCAAGCCAGAGAUUUUGCCCUUAUUUCAAGAAGCUGAAGAUAAAAACAGACUUUUGCGAACUGUGGCAGGUGGAGGUUUAGAAACAAUUAGUAAUCUGAAAGCCAAGUGGGAUAAAUUUGAGCUGAUGAUGCAAAGUCACCAACUUAUGAUUAAAGAUCAAAUUGAAGUGAUGAAAGGAAAUGUGAAAUCACGUCUUCAGGUUUAUUAUCAAGAAUUAGAAAAAUUUAAAGCUCGUUGGGACCAACUGAAGCCUGGUGAUGAUAUUAUUGAAACUGGCCAGCAAAAUACUCUUGAUAAGAGUGCAAAGUCAAUAAGAGAGAAAAAAAUGGAGUUUGAUGAUCUUGAAGUCAUAAGAAAAAAGCUGGUUGAUGAUUGCCAUCAUUUUGGACUAGAAGAGCCCAACUUCUCUUUGGCACAUAGCAUCUCUAAGGACAUUGAGAGCUGUGCACAAAUUUGGGCUCUUUAUGAGGAGUUUCAGCAAGGAUUUCAGGAAAUGGCCAAUGAAGAUUGGAUUACUUUUCGGACUAAAACAUAUCUGUUUGAGGAAUUUUUGAUGAAUUGGCAUGACAGAUUAAGGAAGGUUGAAGAGCAUUCAGUAAUGACAGUUAAAUUACAGUCAGAAGUUGACAAAUACAAAAUCACAAUUCCUAUCUUGAAAUAUGUGAGAGGAGAACAUCUUUCUCCAGAUCACUGGCUUGAUCUUUUUCGUCUACUUGGCCUUCCUAGGGGAACUAGUCUGGAGAAAUUACUGUUUGGAGAUCUGCUUAGUGUAGCCGAUACAAUUGUUGUCAAAGCUUCAGACCUUAAAGAUUUAAAUAGUCGGGCACAAGGUGAAGUUACAAUCAGAGAAGCUUUACGUGAACUUGAUCUCUGGGGAGUUGGAGCAGUAUUUACACUGGUUGAUUAUGAAGAUAGCCAAAGUCGAACUAUCAAGCUGAUUAAAGACUGGAAAGAUAUAGUAAAUCAAGUUGGAGAUAAUAGAUGCCUUCUUCAGUCCUUAAAGGAUUCUCCUUAUUAUAAAGGAUUUGAAGAUAAAGUGUCAAUUUGGGAAAGAAAACUUGCAGAGUUAGAUGAGUACUUACAGCACUUAAAUCAUAUUCAGAGAAAGUGGGUAUAUUUGGAACCCAUUUUUGGUCGUGGAGCAUUGCCAAAAGAACAGACACGCUUCAACAGGGUUGAUGAAGAUUUUAGAUCCAUAAUGAAUGACAUCAAGAAAGACAAUAGAGUCACAACAUUAACUACUCACGCAGGAAUCAGAAAUUCUCUACUAACAAUACUUGAUCAGCUUCAAAGAUGUCAGAAGUCAUUAAAUGAAUUUUUAGAGGAAAAACGCUCAGCAUUCCCAAGAUUUUAUUUUAUUGGUGAUGAUGACUUAUUAGAAAUACUGGGCCAGUCUACUAACCCAUCAGUGAUUCAGUCUCACCUCAAGAAACUAUUUGCUGGCAUUAACAGUGUAUGCUUUGAUGAGGAAUCAAAACAUAUAACUGCAAUGAAAUCUUUAGAGGGAGAAGUUGUACCUUUUAAAAACAAAGUUCCUCUUUCAAAUAAUGUAGAGAUUUGGUUAAAUCAUUUAGCCUUGGAAAUGAAGCAAACUUUGAAACAGUUGUUAACAGAAUGUGUUAACACUGGACGAAGUUCUCAAGGUGCAAUCGAUCCAUCCUCGUUCCCUUCACAGAUAUUAUGCUUGGCAGAGCAGAUUAAAUUCACUGAAGAUGUAGAAAAUGCUAUCAAAGAUCACAGUCUUCACCAUAUUCAGACACAACUGGUGGAUAAGUUAGAGCAAUAUACUAACAUUGAUACAAGUUCUGAGGAUCCGGGAAAUACUGAAUCUGGCAUUCUGGAGUUUAAACUUAAAGCACUAAUUCUUGAUAUUAUUCAUAAUAUCGAUGUGGUGAAGCAGUUAAACCAAGUUCAAGUUCAUACAACUGAAGACUGGGCUUGGAAAAAACAAGUUAGAUUCUAUAUGAAAAGUGACCACACAUGUUACGUUCAGAUGGUGGAUUCUGAACUUCAGUACACUUAUGAGUAUCAGGGUAAUGCUCCCAAACUGGUUUAUACUCCAUUGACAGACAAGUGCUACCUAACUCUCACUCAAGCCAUGAAGAUGGGACUCGGAGGAAAUCCUUAUGGACCAGCUGGCACGGGAAAAACUGAAUCAGUAAAGGCUUUAGGUGGACUUCUUGGAAGACAAGUUUUAGUUUUUAAUUGUGAUGAGGGCAUUGAUGUGAAGUCAAUGGGACGGAUAUUUGUUGGUUUGGUGAAGUGUGGUGCCUGGGGUUGUUUUGAUGAGUUUAAUAGAUUGGAAGAAUCUGUACUGUCAGCAGUUUCUAUGCAAAUUCAGACGAUUCAAGAUGCUUUGAAGAAUCAUAGAACUUUAUGUGAACUGCUUGGCAAGGAGGUAGAAAUAAAUUCUAAUUCUGGAAUUUUUAUCACUAUGAAUCCUGCUGGAAAAGGUUAUGGAGGAAGACAAAAACUGCCUGAUAACCUUAAGCAGCUUUUCAGGCCAGUAGCUAUGUCUCACCCAGAUAAUGAACUUAUUGCAGAAGUCAUUCUCUAUUCAGAAGGCUUUAAAGAUGCUAAAGUAUUGGGCAGAAAAUUGGUAGCUAUCUUCAAUCUAUCUAGGGAACUUUUGACACCUCAGCAACAUUAUGAUUGGGGAUUAAGAGCUUUGAAGACAGUUCUGAGAGGAAGCGGAAAUCUCCUUAGACAGCUCAAGAAAACUGGUAUUAAACAGGAAGUUAAUGAAAGUCAUAUUGUGGUACAAGCAUUGAGGCUUAAUACAAUGUCAAAAUUUACAUUUGCUGAUUGCAUUCGGUUUGAUGCACUGAUUAAAGAUGUAUUUCCUGGAACUGACUUUCAAGAAGUAGAAUAUGGUGAACUGAAUGCUGCAUUAAAGCAGGUCUUUGAGGAGGCCAGUUAUGAAAUCAUACACAAUCAGAUCAAGAAGGCUUUAGAACUGUAUGAACAAUUACGCCAGAGGAUGGGAGUUGUUAUUGUUGGUCCAAGUGGUGCUGGAAAAUCAACUCUUUGGAGAAUGUUAAGGGCGGCACUUUGUAAAAUUGGCAAUGUGGUAAAACAAUAUACUAUGAACCCCAAAGCUAUGCCUAGACAUCAAUUAUUAGGCCACAUUGACAUGGAUACAAGGGAAUGGUCUGAUGGUGUUUUGACCAAUAGUGCUCGCCAGGUAGUUCGAGAACCUCAAGAUGUCAGCUCAUGGAUAAUCUGUGAUGGUGAUAUUGACCCUGAAUGGAUAGAAUCUCUGAAUUCUGUUCUGGAUGAUAAUCGACUACUCACUAUGCCCAGUGGAGAAAGGAUUCAGUUUGGCCCAAAUGUUAAUUUUGUAUUUGAAACUCAUGAUUUAAGUUGUGCCUCGCCAGCCACAAUAUCUAGAAUGGGAAUGAUCUUUCUUAGUGAUGAAGAGAUGGAUCUUAAUUCUCUGAUAAAAUCUUGGUUGAAGAAUCAGUCUCCAAAUUACAGGAAUAAUCUUGAAAACUGGAUUGGAGAUUAUUUUGGAAAGGCUUUACAGUGGGUUCUAAAGCAGAAUGACUAUGUGACAGAAACGAGUUUGGUUGGCACUGUGAUGAAUGGUUUGUCACAUCUACAUGGAUGCAGAGAUCAUGACCAAUUUAUUAUUAAUCUCAUAAGGGGACUUAGUGGAAAUCUGAAUGUGAAAUCACGUUUGGAGUUUACCAAAGAGGUUUUUAAAUGGGCCCGAGAAUCUCCUCCAGACUCUCACAAACCAAUGGACACCUACUAUGACUCAAGUAGAGGACGAUUAGCAUCUUAUGUGUUGAAGAAACCAGAAAACUUGAGUGCUGAUGAUUUCAGUAACGGUCAAACUCUACCAGUCAUUCAGACUCCUGAUAUGCAACGAGGUCUAGAUUAUUUCAAACCUUGGUUAAAUUCUGAUACUAAACAGCCAUUUAUUCUUGUAGGACCAGAAGGAUGUGGCAAAGGGAUGCUGCUCAGGUAUGCCUUUUCCCAGCUCCGGUCCACUCAAAUUGCUACAGUUCACUGUAGUGCACAAACUACUCCUCGACAUCUUCUGCAGAAACUGAGCCAGACAUGCAUGGUAAUCAGUACUAAUACUGGUCGAGUAUACAGACCAAAAGACUGUGAAAGACUUGUGUUGUACUUAAAAGAUAUCAACCUACCAAAGCUUGAUAAAUGGGGGACCAGUGCUCUGGUUGCUUUCCUACAGCAGGUAUUGACAUAUCAAGGAUUUUAUGAUGAAAAUUUGGAGUGGGUUGGUUUAGAAAAUAUUCAAAUUGUGGCUUCGAUGUCAGCUGGAGGAAGACUGGGAAGACAGAAGCUUACUACCAGAUUUACUUCUAUUGUUCGUCUUUGUGCUAUAGAUUAUCCAGAAAGAGAACAAUUACAGACAAUUUAUGGAGCGUAUUUGGAACCAGUUCUACAUAAAAAUCUGAAAAAUCAUUCUAUUUGGGGUUCUUCUUCGAAAAUUUAUCUUCUAGCAGGCUCUAUGGUACAAGUGUAUGAACAGGUGCGGGCCAAAUUUACAGUUGAUGAUUAUAGUCAUUAUUUCUUUACUCCUUGCAUCCUUACUCAGUGGGUUCUUGGCUUAUUCAGAUAUGAUUUAGAAGGAGGAUCCUCAAAACAUCCACUAGAUUAUGUACUAGAAAUUGUAGCAUAUGAAGCACAGCGUUUAUUUCGUGACAAAAUUGUUGGUGCAAAGGAACUUCAUUUAUUUGACAGCAUUUUAACAUCAGUGUUUCAAGAAGAUUGGGGCUCAGAUGUGUUAGACAAUAUGGCAGAUAGUUUCUAUGUGACAUGGGGAGCCCAACACAAUUUAGGAACAAGGGCAGCCCUAGGACAACCAUUGCCUCCACAUGGAAAACCACUUGGAAAACUAAAUUCUGCAGAUCUCAAGGAUGUUAUUAAAAAGGGUCUUAUUCAUUAUGGACGUGAUAACCAGAAUUUAAAUAUUUUACUUUUCCAAGAAGUGUUGGAGUAUAUGUCUAGGAUAGAUAGAGUGCUGAGUUUUCCUGGAGGUUCGCUUCUGUUAGCAGGACGUAGUGGUGUGGGUCGCCGCACCGCCACUUCUUUAGUCAGUCAUAUGCAUGGAGCAGUGCUAUUUUCUCCAAAGAUCUCCAGAGGAUAUGAACUAAAGCAGUUCAAAAAUGAUCUCAAACAUGUGCUGCAUCUUGCCGGUAUUGAAGCUCAACAGGUAGUUUUACUUCUUGAGGAUUACCAGUUCGUACAUCAUGCAUUUUUGGAGAUGAUCAAUAGCCUUUUAUCUUCAGGUGAAGUGCCUGGACUCUAUACUCUUGAAGAAUUAGAGCCCUUGCUGUUACCUCUUAAAGAUCAGGCUUCACAGGAUGGGUUUUUUGGACCAGUCUUCAAUUACUUCACAUAUAGAAUUCAACAAAACUUGCAUAUUGUUUUGAUCAUGGAUUCUACAAAUGUAAACUUCAUAAUAAACUGUGAGAGUAAUCCAGCUUUGCAUAAGAAAUGCCAGGUGCUGUGGAUGGAGGGCUGGUCAGACAGCAGUAUGAAGAAAAUACCUGAAAUGUUAUUCAGUGAAACAGGUGGUGAAGAAAAAUAUAGUGAGAAAAAAAGAAAAGAAGAAAAGAAAAAAAAACCAGUUGACCCUGAUUUUCUAAAAUCAUUUUUAUUAAUCCAUGAAUCUUGUAAAGCAUAUGGUGCUACACCAAGCCGAUACAUGACCUUUUUACAUGUGUAUUCUGCCAUUAGUAGCAGCAAGAAAAAAGAACUAUUAAAAAGACAAAGUCAUUUGCAGGAUGCAAGUGAGCAAAAGACAGAACUUGAAAGACUAAAGCACAAAAUAGCAGAAGAAGUUGUUAAAAUUGAAGAAAGAAAAGACAAAAUUGAUGAUGAAUUAAAAGAAGUACAGCCUCUAGUCAAUGAAGCUAAGUUAGCAGUUGGAAAUAUUAAGCCAGAAUCUCUUUCAGAAAUUCGCUCAUUGCGUAUGCCACCUGAUGUAAUCAGAGACAUUCUUGAAGGAGUUUUAAGGCUGAUGGGUAUCUUUGACACAUCUUGGGUGAGCAUGAAAAGUUUCCUUGCAAAAAGAGGUGUGAGAGAAGACAUAGCAACCUUUGAUGUACGAAAUAUUCCAAAGGAAAUAAGAGAGAGUGUUGAAGAACAUCUUUUUAAAAACAAAGGAUCUUUUGAUCCAAAGACUGCUAAGCGUGCCAGUACUGCAGCUGCACCUUUGGCUGCCUGGGUUAAAGCAAAUGUCCAGUAUUCCUAUGUCUUGGAACGAAUUCAGCCUUUGGAAACUGAACAGGCAGGAUUAGAAUCAAAUUUGAGGAAAACUGAAGACAGAAAAAGGAAACUAGAGGAGCUUCUUAAUUCUGUUGGUCAAAAAGUAUCAGAACUCAAAGAGAAUGUGUUUGUUUGCUUUUCUUUAACCAAUAAGAUUCCUUACCUCACCAAUUAUCAGGUUGCAGAGAUAGCAGAGGAAUUAGCCACUCUUCCUAAAAGAGCCCAGCUAGCUGCUGCAUUUAUUACAUAUCUUUCUGCUGCUCCUGAGGGUCUGAGAAAAACCUGUUUGGAAGAAUGGACCAAGUCAGCUUCUCUUGAAAAAUUUGAUCUGAGGAGAUUUCUUUGUACUGAAAGUGAACAGUUAAUUUGGAAAAGUGAAGGCCUCCCAUCAGAUGACCUUUCCAUAGAAAAUGCUCUUGUUAUCUUACAGAUCAUUGGUUUGAAAUCAUGGAGUCGAGUAUGCCCAUUUCUUAUAGAUCCUUCUUCCCAAGCUACGGAAUGGUUAAAGUCACACUUGAAAGACUCACGUUUGGAAGUUAUAAACCAGCAGGAUAGUAACUUUAUCACAGCUCUUGAGUUGGCAGUGCGUUUUGGGAAAACCCUUAUUAUACAAGAGAUGGAUGGUGUAGAACCUGUUCUUUAUCCAUUAUUGAGACGAGAUCUGGUUGCUCAAGGGCCGCGUUAUGUUGUACAAAUAGGUGACAAAAUUAUUGACUACAAUGAAGAAUUCCGCCUUUUUUUGUCAACAAGAAACCCAAAUCCCUUUAUUCCACCGGAUGCAGCUUCCAUUGUUACUGAGGUUAACUUUACCACAACAAGAAGUGGAUUACGGGGACAGCUUUUGGCUUUAACUAUUCAGCAUGAGAAACCUGAUUUAGAGGAACAGAAAACAAAACUAUUGCAACAGGAAGAAGAUAAGAAAAUACAGUUAGCCAAGCUUGAGGAAUCUCUUUUAGAGACACUUGCCACAUCUCAAGGCAAUAUUUUGGAAAAUAAGGAUUUGAUUGAAUCUUUGAAUCAGACUAAAGCAAGCAGCGCACUUAUUCAAGAGUCACUUAAAGAAUCUUACAAACUCCAAAUUUCCCUUGAUCAAGAACGGGAUGCCUAUCUUCCUCUGGCUGAGAGUGCCAGCAAGAUGUACUUCAUUAUCUCUGAUUUGUCCAAAAUUAAUAACAUGUACCGUUUUAGUUUGGCUGCAUUCCUCCGACUUUUCCAGCGAGUUCUGCAAAACAAACAGGAUUUUGAAAAUACUGAACAGAGAAUCCAGGCUCUUAUCAGCUCAUUAAAACAUAUGGUAUAUGAAUAUAUAUGCCGUUGUCUAUUUAAGGUUGAUCAGUUGAUGUUUGCUCUGCAUUUUGUUCGAGGCAUGCAUCCUGAACUUUUUCAAGAAAAUGAAUGGGAUACAUUUACAGGUGUGGUUGUUGGAGACAUGUUCCGGAAAGCUGACUCUCAACAAAGAAUACGUGAUCAACUUCCAUCUUGGAUAGAUCAAGAAAGAAGCUGGGCAGUGGCAACUUUAAAGAUUGCUCUCCCCAGUCUUUAUCAGACACUCUGCUUUGAAGAUGCAGCUCUGUGGCGUACUUAUUAUCAUAAUUCAAAGUGUGAACAAGAGUUCCCAUCUAUUCUUGCCAAGAAAGUUUCUUUAUUUCAACAGGUUCUUGUGGUACAGGCUCUCAGACCAGACAGAUUGCAAAGUGCCCUGGCUCUGUUUGCAUGUAAGACUCUGGGACUCAAAGAGUUAUCCCCACUUCCUCUAAACCUCAAACGUUUGUACAAAGAGACACUAGAAAUUGAACCCAUCUUGAUAAUUAUUUCCCCGGGUGCUGAUCCUUCUCAGGAACUCCAGGAACUUGCUAGUGCUGAAAGAGGCGGAGCGUGUUAUCACCAGGUUGCCAUGGGUCAAGGUCAAGCUGAUUUAGCAAUCCAAAUGCUGAAAGAAUGUGCCUGCACUGGAGACUGGCUCUGUUUGAAGAAUUUACAUCUUGUGAUAUCUUGGCUGCCAGUUCUGGAAAAGGAAUUGAAUACUCUUCAACCUAAAGAUACCUUUCGUCUUUGGCUGACCGCAGAAGUUCAUCCCAACUUUACUCCUAUUUUAUUACAGUCAAGUUUGAAGAUAACAUAUGAGUCACCUCCAGGUUUGAAGAAGAAUUUAAUGCGUACUUAUGAAUCUUGGACUCCUGAGCAAAUUAGCAAAAAAGAUAAUGUACAUCGAGCUCAUGCUCUCUUCAGUUUUGCUUGGUUUCAUGCUGCAUGUCAGGAAAGAAGAAAUUAUAUUCCACAGGGUUGGACCAAGUUUUAUGAGUUUUCUUUAUCAGAUCUUCGGGCCGGGUACAAUAUUAUUGACAGACUCUUUGAUGGCACCAAAGAUGUACAAUGGGAAUUUGUCCAUGGUUUACUUGAAAAUGCUAUUUAUGGAGGACGCAUAGAUAACUAUUUUGACCUUAGAGUUCUUCAAUCAUAUCUGAAACAGUUUUUUAAUUCUUCAGUAAUUGAUAUAUUAAACCAAAGGAACAAGAAAAGCAUUUUCCCAUAUUCUAUAUCUCUACCCAAAUCCUGCAGCAUUUUGGACUAUCGUGCUGUCAUUGAAAAACUUCCAGAGGAUGACAAACCUAGUUUCUUUGGUCUUCCUGCCAAUAUUGCUCGCUCAUCUCAGCGCAUGAUCAGUUCCCAGGUUAUUUCACAGUUAAGGAUCUUGGGCAGAUCAGUAACAGCUGGUUGCAAAUUUGAUAGAGAAAUCUGGUCUAAUGAACUUUCUCCUGUCCUCAAUCUGUGGAAGAAACUAAACCAGAAUUCAAACCUCAUUCAUCAGAAAGUGACUCCUCCUAAUGAUCGACAAGAAUCUCCGCUAUUAUCCUUCAUCAUUCUUGAACAAUUUAAUGCCAUUCGCUUGGUACAGAGUGUUCAUCAGUCUCUUGCUGCUCUCAGCAAAGUCAUCAGAGGAACUGCGUUAUUGAGUUCAGAAGUACAAAAAUUGGCAAGUGCUUUAUUAAACCAGAAGUGUCCUCUCACAUGGCAGAGCAAGUGGGAAGGCCCAGAGGAUCCCUUACAGUACCUUAGAGGCCUUGUAGCCCGUGCCCUCGCAAUACAGAGCUGGGUAGAAAGAGCUGAAAAACAAGCUCUUCUCUCUGAUACACUUGACCUAUCAGAACUCUUCCACCCAGAUACAUUUCUCAAUGCUCUUCGCCAGGAAAGUGCAAGGGCCAUGGGCUGCUCUGUGGACAGCUUUAAGUUUGUAGCUUCAUGGAAAGGUCAACUGAGAGAAGCAAAACUGCAAGUCAAGAUCAGUGGCUUAUUACUGGAAGGAUGCAGUUUUGAUGGAAAUCGACUUUCUGAAAAUCAGCAUGAUUCUCCUACUGUGUCAUCAGUCCCCCCUUGUUUUAUGGGCUGGAUUCCACAGGGUGCUUAUGGCCCCUAUUCUCCUGAUGAGUGCAUGUCUUUGCCUAUUUACGCAAGUGCGGAAAGGGAUCGUGUGGUGACCAACAUCGAUGUUCCAUGCGGGAGCGACCAAGACCAGUGGAUUCAGUGUGGAGCAGCUCUGUUUCUGAAAAAUCAGUAGAAUCUAAUGAUAAUGAAAGCUGUCUUGGCAAAAA